AACACGCGACUCGCCGCCGGAGAGAGAGCCCAAGUCGGACCGCGACUCGAGCCGCCGACCGCGGCCGGCGACCUCGCCCGCACAGCCGCGCGCCCAGACGCCCCGGCACCGGCCGGCGGUCCGCGCCCGCAACCCCGCGCAGCGAGGGCGAGGCCGGCACAGCGACCGCAAGAGGGGCUAUCCCGGGCCGGAGAUUUCCUACGGAGAGGAAGAGCCGCCUUCGCGAGCGACAGUUGAAAAGCGAGCCAAUUUCACGCGUGAUCGCUCGCCGCGACACGCAGCACCGAUCGGGAAGUCCCCGUGAGUCGACCGCUCUUGGUUUCGGCGCUUCCUGGUCUCUUGAAAACCGCAUUGAUGGCCCCCUGGAGCCGACCGGAAGGCCCCGCCGAACGAGCCGCCGUUUAAGGGACAGAGAAAAGAAAGAAAGAGAGAGAGAGGACCGCUUCCGGUGAACGACCCUUCCGCGUUCUCCAAAAUGGCGCCCUACAGCGUCCUCCUGGUCAGCCUCGUCGCCUGCGUUGCAUGUCUUCCAGCGAUCGAGGAAUCCACUGACACCGCGGUCAGCCAGAGCAUCGAGAAUGCCUCUACGGCAUCCACUGUGCUCGACAUCGUGGACCACUCCACUAUUGAUAUGGUAUCAACCACCAAAGCACCCUCGACGUCCGUUGUCUUUGUGAACGUGCCUGCACACACGGAAACCGAGCUGGGAUCGUCCGUUCUUCUGGCUUGCAGAACCGCCAGCCCCGUUGCAGAGUGUCAAUGGUCCUGGCAACCUCUUCCUCCGACUCAUCUCCCGUUGCCGGAUAUCAGCGAGGAUCCAUCCUUGACAGCUCUGACGGCGGAAUUUUUCAACACCUCCGCGUCUCGUGCUCCUACUACCCAGCCGCUACCUGUAAGACUAUUCCCAGCUUUCGGAAAUAACAGCAACGACUGUUCCGUGCGAUUUUCCAGCACGAAGCACGAGCAGACCGGGUAUUGGACCUGCGCGGCUAGAACUUCUAUCAACGAACCCUUCACGAGUACGGAACCUGCGAAAUUAAGCAUCAUCAAUGACAAUAAAGAAUUGCCAAUUACCUUCGAAAAGUCGGAGUCCACGGUAGAGGCGCCAGCGGGGUCCUCGACACAGAUAAUGUGUCGGACGAAUGAUCCCGUUCAAGAAUGUCAGUGGUCUUGGCGUCAGUUGAACCAGUCUCAACCGUGGAAUCUCGAGGUGAAGAAAUUCGCUGCCUUUGGCAACGAUAGCACCGACUGCAGUAUCAAAUUUAAGAACGUCCUUCCGGAGCAAGAGGGUUUCUGGACGUGCGGAGCGAGGAUCAAUCCCAACUCCUCUUUCGUCCACUCCAGCCCCAUUAAAUUUCUUAUAUCUGAAGUCGAAUUUGUGCAAUUAUCACGAGGUAUCCAGAUAGCUGCCGGGGAGACGGUGUUCCUGAGAUGCCUGUCCAAUAAGCCGGUCGUCCAGUGCGAGUGGUCCUGGAGGCCAACGAAUUCCAGCAAGGAGUCGACGGUAGUUAAAAAAUUCGAGCCAAGCGAGGAUGCCGACCACGACUGCUCGGUCAGAUUCAAAAACAUUCUUUACGAAGAGGAGGGUCUCUGGACCUGCGGAGUGCGCCUGACCCCAGGAGGAAUACUUCACGAGGCACCCCCUGCGACCGUCACCCUUUUACCCUCCGCCAAAACCAAUUUCGUGGAGGUCCCGGAGGACACUUCGGUUCCGCUCGGUACCGAGGCUCUCCUGAAGUGUGUAACUUCCGGCCGCGUGGACAAGUGCUCCUGGACGUGGAGGCCUCUGACCGGAAGUAACGCCGAGGUGAUCGUCCGAGAGUUCCCCAGCGGCGGGGACCUUGGUAGGGAUUGCAGCCUGAAGCUCCCUCGAGUCUUCGCCGAGGAACAAGGUCAUUGGGGAUGUCAAGUGUCCAUAACGUCUCUGAACACGAUACUGUCUUCGCCGAUAGCCAAAGUCACCGUCUUCGAGGAAGAUGAGGUGAAGUUCUCCGAGCUCUCGCAGGACAUACAGAUAUCCUCCGGUGGCAGCGUCCUCCUGCGAUGCGUCACCUCUUCGGCCGUCGAGCAAUGCAGGUGGUCCUUGACACCCGUCAACUCCAACACCACGGUCGUGGUGAAACAGUUCCCAGCAGCUGGUACCGAGGCUAGAGACUGCAGUGUACGUCUUAGCCAUGCCUUGGCCGAGCAGGAAGGUCUUUGGACCUGCGGUGCUCGACUUCGAAGUCGGCAGAACUACACGGACGCCCCACCUGCGAAGCUCAGCCUGCUGCAACCAGAACCCGCAACAGUCACGCUCUGGGCUAUACCCCAUCAAAAAGUUACUUUGGCCUGCAGGGUAGGUCAUCUGACACCGGAAGUGCAAUGUGAAUGGCUGCAUCCGCCAAAUCUCCAAGUGCGGCAAAGCACCUCAAAAAAGUCGAGGCACGUUGUGCAAAUGAACUAUUCUACCGGAAUAUGUACGUUGCAAUUUAAACCCGAAAGUACGGAUCUGGGCCACUGGAGCUGCAAAUUCACUAUCCCUGAUGAAAAUGGAGAGAUUGAAUUAGGUAGUUCCUCCAUCGUUUUGCUGAAUAGUUUAGGGGAUGAAAAGUUAGGAUGGAUAGUAGGCGCUUUAACAGCUGUCAUUUUACUUCUCAUGAUCAUUGUCGUCGUCUUAGUUGUAUGUAAAGCUCGUUUAUUUGCCCGAAAAGCUCCUGCUGUCAUGAAACCUGUAAGUGAAACUCCAAAACGAAAACGAAACGAACGAUUCUGCAACGAUCGAUACACCGAGCCACCAUCCAAGAUUCAAUUCUGCUUUAACGAGCAAGAUUCCGAUCAAAAUAUUUCCACUAUAAGUAGCGUAAUCCCAAACAGAAGUCCACAUUUGUAUGAACGAGUAGAAUUAAGGAAUAAUCGUCAUGCAUCCAAAGUGAUGCAUGAAAAUUAUAAAAGAUAAAUUACAGUAACAUAAGUGCAGAAAUAUAUGGUUUAAAAUAACA